AUGGCGCGCGAAGAUCACAAACGACUUCUGGGUCUUGCCCUGAAACAGUUCUCAUGGAUCUCAGCUGGUUAUGAGGUGAAGAAUGUAGUCACCAAAGUCAGUGAGACCUGGCAGGAGAGACAUGGAACCCUAGAAGGUGGCCAGGGAGACACAGCUGCUGCAAAUUCCAGCACCUCAGAGCAUCAGAGCAGCCCCAGUGGACCCGAGCAGCUCAUUGAACUGGAGAACGGCAUCAGCAGGGUGAGAAGUCCAUCAAGCUGCAUGGUCACUGUUACCGUCACUGCCACUUCUGAGCAGCCUCACAUUUAUAUUCCAACCCCUCCAAGUGAAUUGGACUCCAGCUCACCCACCAAAGGGAUUCUGUUUGUAAAGGAAUACAUGAAUGCUACGGAGGUGUCUUCUAGGAAGCCGGCAUCUUCAUGCUAUGGCAGUGUCAGCAGUAUUGAGGACUCAUUUGAUAUGGAGAAGAAACCCUCAUAUGACAACACUCCACACUCUGAGAG